CAGUCUUUCUAUUUGAUUGAAACCACCUGUAAAGGCAAACCAAAUUCGAUACCAACAAAAACUCCCCCAAAUCGCUCUCCUCCCCAUUCAAUUCCCCAAUUUUCAAAGCUUCCUUUUCGAUUUCCAUCUCAAUUCCAAUUCCAAUUCCAAUUUCUCCAAUACUCGUAAACCCUAAAUCACUUCAAUCUCAAUCUCAAUCUCAUCUUCAACUCCCAAACAUGGACGCCGACUCUUGGGCCGCUCGUCUUUCUUCCACAACAAAACGUUACCAAUACGCUCUUCAAUCCCGAUCAUCUGAGAUGUUUAUGGGAUUUGAAGAUAUUGAGGUGGAUGAUGAUAUGAGAGAGGAGUUUCCUUGCCCCUUUUGCACUGGGUAUUUUGAUAUAGUAGGGUUGUGUUGUCAUAUUGAUGAUGAGCAUCAUUUGGAGUCUAAGAAUGGGGUGUGUCCGGUUUGUGCGGUGAGGGUCGGGGUGGAUAUGGUAGCACAUAUAACGUUACAACAUGGGAAUAUAUUUAAGAUGCAACAAAAGAGGAAAAGUCGCAAAGGUAGCUCUCUAUCGACACUUUCGUUGUUGAGGAGGGAACUAAGGGAAGGAAAUUUGCAGUCUCUGUUUGGGGGAUCAUCGUACCUAGCUCAGUCAGCCAACGUAGCACCGGAUCCUUUGUUGUCGUCAUUUAUUUUGCCGGUUGGUGAUGACUUGGGGGGCACUCAUUCCAAUUCAUCGUUUGACGCAGUCGCUGUAACCAAAAGUACAAGUGAAAAAGCAUCUGAAAGAAAACCUGAAUCACCUCCGAUGUCGAUUGAAGACAAGGAAGAAAAGAGUAGAAGAUCUGAAUUUGUGCAAGGAAUGCUGCUGUCGACGAUUCUUGGUGAUGACUACUUGUAAAAAGAGCUACAUUUGCUGGUGAUGGGGGGAGUUGUAUUUGUUAUGUAAGCGGGAUCGCGAGAGUGAAAUGUAGUAAUAAAUUGUAAUUUAUGUUUGAUGAUUGUAGUCAUAUCAAUUCCCGUUUAUGGUUUUAUUAAAAAAGGAAGAAGAAAAGAAAUAAGGUAGGUUCGAUGUUUUUUAAGUCGAUACAUAUACGCAUAUGCUUUAGAUGUGUUUCAUUUUAUAAAUGUGAACGAAAUUAUGUUCUGAUUGUUUCUUAUAUUUCCAUACCGGUUACUU